GCGGGGGGAUGCAGGCCGGGUGAGGGAGCUGCAGCAAGCAGUGCCGUCCCACCCCAGACCCGGGGGAGGGGCAGGGGGGCAAGGGGAGGCAGGCCGGUAGUGGCGGCUGCCGGUCGGGGGUGCUGUGAGAACUGAGCCCCAGGGACCGGCCCUUCCCGGGGGAACCUCUGCGGGCGCGGAGUGGGAGGCGGAGCCAGCUGGGAGAGCAGCGGGACCGGAGGCACCUGGCAGUAGGUGUGAGGAGAUCUAGCCUGGCUCCCACUGUAGCUUGGCUCCCUGACGUCUGAUGAUGAGUUUGACCCCCUCCAGGGGAUGCCUCCUGGACCUGCCCUGGGAAGACAUCUUGGUUCCACAUAUUCUCUGUCAUCUGCCACUGCAGCAGCUCCUGAGCCUGCAGAGGGUCAGCAAGUCGUUCCAGUCUCUCAUCCAGCUGUACCUGGCCAAUAUGCGCUGCUUUGACUCAAGCCAGAUUGGACCUCCCAUCCCUCGAGCUGCUUUCGUUAACCUGCUGAAGGACAACGAAGUACUGCAGCAGCUGGCACUCCAGAACUGCUCCGACUGGCUGACAGAUGGGGAGCUGCUCCCAGUCAUCGGGCAGAACCACCAUCUGCACCACAUCCAGCUGAAGGGCUGUGCCCAGCUCAGCCGCCAUGCGCUGGUGGCCAUCUCACUGAGCUGCCCCAGCCUGCGCCAGCUCUCCCUGGCCCACUGCGAGUGGGUAGACAGCCUGUCCCUGCGCAGCCUGGCUGACCACUGCAAGGCACUGGAGGCUGUGGACCUGACGGCCUGUCGCCAGCUGAAGGAUGAGGCUAUCUGCUACCUGGUGCAGAAGUGCAGCAGGCUCAAGUCCCUGUCGCUGGCUGUCAAUGCCAACGUGGGUGAUGUAGCGGUCGAGGAGAUUGCCAAGUGCUGCCCUGAGCUGGAACACCUGGACCUCACAGGGUGUCUGCGAGUGAAAAAUGAUUCCAUCAGGGUCCUGGCUGAGUACUGUCCCAAGCUGCGCUCGCUGAAGGUGAAGCAUUGCCACAACGUGGCCGAGUCCAGCCUGAGCAUCCUCCGAAGCCGUGGGGUGGAGCUGGAUGUGGAGCCUCCACUGCAGAGGGCUCUUGUUCUCCUGCAGGAUGUGGUUGGCUUCGCCCCUUUCAUCAACCUCCAGAUCUAGAAGUGCUGCUGCUGGGGAGGGGGGGGGACUGACAAGACGCUGGGAUCCUGGGAGGAUGCCGGAACCAGCUGCUUUGGAGAUAUGCACAGGGAGAGGUUGGUCCCAUUGGCAAGGCUGGCCCGAGUGGGGCUCACUCUUUCCUCUGGGGUUGCUCAGCAGCCACAGGGUGGGUAUUCAUGAGUGGGCUUCAUUGAUGCCUCUGGGGAAAGUAACUCCCUUUGCAGUGGAGAGAGCGAGUGACUUGCAGGAACACCAUGGUGCUGAACAGGCCUUGGCCAGGCCAGCUAGUAGAUAGGAUUUAUUAUUCGUAUUUUAAAUCUCUAAAUGGCAGCUGUCCCGAGAGAGGAAAGUCUUUUAUGGGGACUGUCCCCUGGGGUGUUGUGCAGGGCAUGCCAGCAGAGCUGUGGAACACACCAGGCUAGCUGGAGUGAAGAAGCUGCCAGCCCUCCUCUUGGGAGAGGGCAGGCCCCUCUGUGCUGCAGGAGGAGGGCAGAGUGAGUCCAGCUCCAGCCUGCAGCCACUCACCAGCCUGACACCAAAUUGCUGGCAUGGCCCAGAUCUAGGGUGCUGGUUUGGGCUGGUGCAAGGUGAGAGUUGUUCUCAGGGGGAACUUGCUUCUAACUGCAGUUUCACUGACAAAAAACCACCAGACCUAGCUGUGCUGUCACUGAAAGUGGUUGGUCAUUCCUAUUUGUUUCCCCCCAGUUUCUGACUUAAUAUUUCAGUAGUGCCCAGGCUAGCUAUUAUAUCCUGCUCCAUGUGGCAUGGCUGAAGCUUUGGCAUCCAAUACUGUUGAGAAAUCACGGAGCCCUUGCUGUGCUGUCAGCUGGAGCUUAUGGAGUGCUGCAGGUGGUGUUGGCAGGGAGCCUAGCUCUGGUUGGGAGUUCAGCCUCAGCCCUUGUAUCUGCCAAGUGGUUAACCAAACAGCAGCUACAUCUUGUGGUGAAUGUGGAGAGAAUAAACAGUGGAAGAGAGA